UCCGUCAUCUUGGAUGGGUCUCAGUCGAGCUGGAGCUCUGCAACCCAAGGGAGGAGGAUGCCCGAGUACUGUUCAGCUUACGGUUGUGGGAAUCGCCGCAACAUCGAAAACUCAACACGCGGCAUCACAUUUCACAAAUUUCCCAGAGACAAAAAACUGAAGAGAAAGUGGGAGCUUGCAGUAAGAAGGAAGGAUUUUACAGCCAGUGAGUUUUCUAAGCUCUGCAGUGAACACUUCAAGCCGGAGGAUUUCGAUCGGACGGGUCAGAUAGUGCGGCUCUGGAAAGGCGUGAUACCUUCUGUUUUCAACUUCCCCUCUCGUUUACAAAGACAAGUAGCAACCAGGACCACAAAAACCUCAGAGAAAGCUGAAGAGAGCUUACCAGUGGAGCCUUCUCAGCCUUCACCCCAAAGUCAAACUCUUCCCAAUGUUGACCACUCCUACGCGUUGCCCGAUUCUCCGGAUCUUCUGAAGGCCCGACUCAGUGACGCUCUGGCUCGAGUGGACAGUCUGGAGCGUGAGAAGCAGAAUGCUAAAGCCUGUGAACAGAGGGCAAAAAAACUGCAAACUCUUCUGGAGGAUCUGAAGAAAAAUAACCUUAUCAAUGAGGAACUGAAGGAGAAGCUCGACUUCUAUUCAGAUCUUCAGCUGGACCUCCUCUCCAAGCAGGGCCACGAGUACACCGAGGACCAGAGACAGUUCGCCCUCGCGCUGCACCUCCACGGUCCAAAAGCAUACAACUACCUGAGGGAGACGCUGCAUCUCCCCCUCCCACAUCCGCACGUGUUGCAGAGGUGGACACCAAGCAUGCACUCAUCAUGAUGCCGUUGGAGAUGAAGACAUGAAGACCAGAGUACCCAGCAGAAUGGGAAAUAAUUGAAAAAAAAAAAAAAAAAACGAAGCACAUCUUAACUAAAUGUUUGCUGCACAGUGAACCAUGUGAAAACUGAGGCAGUUCUGAUUCUUUGAAUUAAGACCUCCCUUCUAUAUAAGUGUGGUCAAAACGGGGACUCACCCAAGAUGGCGGCCGCAGGGUCGCAUCAGGUCCCAACAGGCAGCGGCAGCCAGUGAGGAGUCUACUGAUGUAUGUGUGUUAAAGAAAGACGCAAACAACAGAACUGUCGUCAGAGUGUAACAUUCAAACCCUCCUGAACAGAGGAGAGGAUGUGUUUAUUUCAUUGAAUGCAGACGGGAAGAGUGUCCGUUGUAGACAGAGGUGAGACGUGCUCACCAUCACAGACGUUUAAGCCCGUCUGUGGCACCAUGUUUGCUUCAGCUGUUCAGCGCUUCGUCCACUCCGGGGAUUCAGGUUGUAUUUUAUUUUGGUGAGAGCAGUUGAUGUUUUUUUGUAUGACUUUUUUUGUUUAGGAUUGUUCUACUUCCGUUGUUCCUUUUUGUUUAGGAUUGUUCUACUUCCGUUGUUCCCUGACAUAAAAAGAAACAUGUAUGCAUCA